AUGGGCAUUGCCGUCCCGGCCCAGUUCGUAUCGACGAACGACCUCAUCUCGACGCGUAAUGCCCUUUCUACUAUGUUCGCUGCGAUCAACCCACGAACAGGCGCACUUCCGGAGUCUGGCCCGCCUCUCAGUCAGCAGGGAUCGGAUACGUACCAUGCAUGGACACUCAUCGGAACGCACAAUUACUUCUUAUAUUCCGGAGACAGUGCCUGGCUGCAGGCUGUCUGGGCGAAUUACACGAAAGCAGUAGCGUUCCUCGAGGCAAAAGUGGACAAUACUGGCCUGAUGAAUGUCACUGGUCUACGCGACUGGGCAAGACUGGGCGGAGGUGGAUAUAACUCCGAAGGAAACGCCCUUCUCUACAAGGUGCUCACCACAGCUGCGGACCUCGCAAACCAUCUCAACAAUACCAACCUCUCAGCGGCAUGGGCCACAAAUGCGACAUUGUUGAAGCAACGAUUUAACGAAGCGUUUUGGCUUCAGAGUGCCGGCAUGUACCGCGAUAACUUAACGACGACACUCUGCCCUCAAGAUGCCAAUUCCUUUGCAAUACUCUACAAUCUGACUACGUCGCAAGACCAGGCGAAGAAAAUAAGCGAUGGUUUGAGGCAAAAUUGGAAUGGGCUUGGGCCUGUGGCGCUGGAGCUGCCAGAUACUAUCAGUCCAUUUAUUAGUGGGUUUGAGAUACAGGCGCAUUUCGAAGCUGGAAAUGAUGGACGAGCUCUCGAUUUAAUUCGACGAACCUGGGGUUAUAUGCUCUAUACGAACAUAUCCGUUCAGAGCACUUUUCUUGAAGGCUUUACUGCCAACGGAUCUCUUGCCUACCGAUAUUAUCGAGGAUACAACAAUGACCCCGCGUAUACGUCGCACAGUCACGGUUGGAGCGCCGGCCCCACCUCUGCGCUCACGUUCUACGUCCUCGGGUUGACUGUCACGUCGCCGCAAGGAAGAACCUGGACUGUCGCACCCCAUAUCGAUGGUGGCCUGCCGAGUGCAGAAGGCGGCUUUUCGACUCCGCUUGGGUGGUUCGGAGUCAAAUGGGCGUUGAUGAGGACAGAAGAUGGGCAAAUCGAGCGUUUUGAGUUGGAAGUGGACACCCCGAUUGGGACUUUAGGUAGUGUCAUACUGCCUGAAAGUUUGCGAGGGAAGGGGUGUCUCGUUGAUGGCACGAAGCAUCCUGGGCUUGAGUGCUCUAUCAUCAGCCUCAGUGGAGGCAGUCAUUCUGUUGCCACUGGAACCUAG